AUUCGGCGGUCAGAACGAUUAUUGCCGCGAGAUCGUUACGAGUUGCGUUAUUCGAUUACGAAAAUGUUUGCGAUUUUCGUCCUUUUUCUGUUUUCCACGGUUCUCGCUACUGACAGCAGCUUGAACAGGACGGACUUGAAAUGUAUGGGACAUGCUUUCUACAACGUGUCUCUUUCCGCAUAUUAUCCCGUAUUCGGGACAGACGAUAAACGUAAUCACCUAGACGACCAAGGAAAAAUGUUGAAUACUCUCCAGGAUUACCUUGACGGUCGCGCUCGUUACGUCACCGUCGCCGGUAAUUUGAGGUCUGGUAUUCCGUAUGGAACGAAAGUGUGCAUAGAAAAGUUGAAUGAGCAAUUCGGCAGACAAAUUCACCUGCAGAUAAGGGACCAGGUUGAUUACGAAAUCAAUGACGUCGCACUCGAUUUCUCGAGAUUGGAAAUUUGUGUCAGGACCGAGGAGGAUACUUAUGAUACCUACCUUAAUGGCCUUGUUACUGUCCAUGUAUAAUAAUCACAUAAAAAUUAUGUAUUUGAUUGUUAUGUAUUUGAUUGUUAAUCGCCAAUAAUACUGUUAUUAAUUAAUAUUUUAUAUUAAGAUAUGCUGGUAAAA